AUGGAGCCAUUCAUCAGGCAGGUCCGCGAGCAGCCAGGGCUGGUGGACACGCAGCCAGACCGGAGAGCCGCCGAGGAGCCGGGGCUGGACGAGUGGGUCCUGCCAGGCCUUGGACACCGUCUCCAGAGGGUGGAGAGGAGCCAGCCUAGACCGAGACUGCCUGGAGGAGAAUGGACGGAGCUCCAGGGCGUAAAUGUGGGGGUCUUCCAAGUUACGCACCCCACCUCCAGAGCCCUUGCUGAUGGGGGUGUCUUGGGAAGCCAGAGGAGCACCAGGCCUUUCCUCCUGGCCCGUCUAACUCAGCCGUCUCUGCCUGUGAACACAGCCUCUGCUGGCCGCUGGAUGGUGGCUGUGAACGAGGUGUGUUGGCUGAUCAUUGCACAGGGAUCUCCUGCACGGAAAGUCCCUGACCCCUUCCUGCACAGUCCUCUGGACGUCUGUCCCCCCGGGUCCCUGGCCCCCCCUCACACAGCAUCCUACACGCCUGCCCCCAGCAUAUCUGUGACUGCUCAUGUGUACCUGCGUGCCCUCGCGUGUACCUGGGGACUGCAUAUCUGCGAUGGGUACCGCAAGGCAGGCACCAGCAUCUGGAAGGUGUCGGUUUACUGCCGCCGCCGGGCCCAGGUUAGCCACACGUUUGCUUCCCGCCGCAGCUGUGCAAACUCCCGUGGCCUGGCUCCCACGGGCAGCCAGACAGUGGCCCCUUUGUCAGCGCCGCCCCAGGCCCCAUCUCGGCACCGGCCUGCCACUGGCCGCCACAAACAGCUACAACAGGGCAAGAGGCCGCCCUGUCCUGUGCUGUCCUCCAUCUCCACCAAGCUUAAGCCGCUGUUGCAGGGUCGGUCCUUCUCCACGGGGGUCUUCCUCCCCUUUGCCACCCUUCUGCUGUCCAAGCAUGAUGUCUUCUCUAGGCCUGGCCCUUCCCGACAGUGCGUGGCUGAGGGUUCUGAGGCGCCCACUGUGAUCCUGGCGACGGCUGGGGCCCUCUUGGUGACCUCGCCUCCAUCUAGAAAGGAGAUGUGGCUGCUGGACGAGGUGCAGCUACCCUGGGCCCGGGGACACUGGGGCGAUCUGGCACCUGGCCUGGCGGGCUCCACGUGGCAGGAGUUCCGGCUCCCGUUCUUGCAGCCCCGAGGCUACCCUCCAGUCCCGGGCAGAGGCGGUGAUGGAAAUGUGGGCCUCCCUGCCCUCACUGACAUCAGCAGAGCAUCUGGCACUACGCUCCCCGCGGGGCCGGGCCGGGGGCGGGCCGGCCGGGGGCGGCGCCUAGAAAAGGCGGCGCGCGCGGGAAGGACGCGCCUGCGCGCAGCCAGCGCGCGGGCAGCCGACCCGGGGGUCCGGGAGCGUGGGGCUGGGCGCCGUGGUCCCCGCUUCCACCAGACAGGAGCCCUUCCCCGGUUGGAGAGGGAUGUCGACGUGGAGCGAGGCGGCGCCUGGGGAGGGCUGAGCUGCAGGUCCGGGAGUGCCGGCUCCCGCCAGACCCGAUGCGGCCCUGGGGGGGGACGGGGACCCGAGCGGGCACCGGAUUCCCAGGCGGUGGGCGCCUUGGACGGGAGGACUGUGCUGUAUCCCCAAGAGCUGGAAGCCGCGGGGCCCAUGCUCUUUCAGUGUGCGCCCUUCUCUAAAGGGCUACUCACGGUCCGACACCCGCUGGUCCCAGUCCUAGAGCCGAGGCCCAGGAUGCUGCCUGUGUUCUUCGGGGAGCGCAUCGAGGUGAACCCCGAGCCCACGCGGGAGAUCCGCUGCAACUCUGAGGUCAGGUACGCCUCGGAGCAGCACUUCCGGGACAAGGUGUUCUACGUGCCGGUGCCCACGGUCACAGCCUACAGCGAGACGGUGGUGGCGGCGCCCAACUGCACAUGGCGGAGCUACCGCUCCCAGCUGAGACUGGAGCCGCGGCCGCGCGCCCUGCGCUUCGCCAGCACCACCAUCAUCUUCCCCAAGCACGCCCGCAGGUCCUUCCGCACCACACUGCACUGCAGUCUCGGCCCUCCAGGCCGCAGGUUCGCCGCCAGCGUCCAGCUGGCCCAGCACGAAGCGCCCAGCCCCGAGGGGCUGUGA